CCACCUCUCAACCCAAUCUUUCUUCUCUUUUCCUUCCCGCAAUUCUUCUUCUUCUUCUCACUCUACUCUGUUUUCUGCAAACAUGGCUGCAUACAGAGAACCCAUGAACGUUGGUGACAGAGCCCCGGUUUCUCCGCAGCAACCGCACUCGCCGUGGCAUUCUCCUGUUCCCUACCUAUUUGGGGGGCUAGCGGCGAUGCUGGGUCUCAUAGCCUUCGCUCUGUUGAUCCUUGCAUGCUCCUACUGGAAGCUCUCCGGGUACCUUGAAGGGAACGGGGAAACAGAACGGGACCUGGAAGCUGGCGAGGGAAAAGCGGAGCAAGACCAGAAACCUCAGAGACCGUACGAGGAGAAGAUCCUGGUGAUCAUGGCCGGCCAAGAGAAACCGACAUUCUUGGCCACUCCGAGCGUCUCUUCUUCUUCAAGCUGCGGCACUAGCAGGUCCUCUUCCUUCGGCGACAACACAAGCACCUGCACCUGCGAAGAGACCCGAAAAUCGCUGGAAGUGUCACAGUCCGUCAAAGAGGGAAGUACAGAGAGCGGGACCACCGAAACCUCGUCGGAUCAGAACCCUUGAUCGAGUCAAACGUGUGGACAACUUGGGGCGUUUUUGUUUAGUAGCCGGGAUUGCUUUCGUGCUAAAAGCAAAGCUCUUGACACCUCUGAAUUUUGGGUGCCUCUCUGGGUAGUUAGGUUGCAUGUUCAACAAUUGGCAGUGAAUGGCGACAUAGGGAUUCCGGUUCUCUUCUCCUUUUCUUUUUCUCCUCUGUACAUUAUUUCGGGAAUGUAAAUUCUUUGAGGUGGAACUAGAAUGGAUUCUCUUGCUGUUUCA